GUCUGCUCCAGGUCAAGAGAUUAUUUUACUUAUGGCGGAAAGGAAUGAGAGAUGUUGCGGCAUUGUAACCAAGUGAAUCGCGUUUGACUCCUAAGUGCAAUAGAGAUUUAUUUUUGAUAAUUCAAUUUUCUUUUUUUGCAAACCAAGAAUGGAUAGCGCCAUAUGAUAUCAAGUAUGGCCUAAGCUAAGCAAUUUUUAAUAUCGCACAAGUUCUUGCAGACAAUUGUUUGUUACCCUUGGUAAAUUGUUGCUUGCACGAUGCAGCAGCAAAACUACAACAUCGAGAGGAUCAAGCAAAAUGCAGAUCCGAUCUACAACUGUUCAAAGACAAAAGGACUGCCUGGGUUACCUCCCCUGCCAUCACCAUACAGUGAAGAGCCUUCAGACCUCUAUAAGAUUGUUUUGAAACACAGUGAACACCCACCAAUAAUGAGGAAUUCAUCCUGGACCCGUGCCGUCCCAUUCAAAGAGACAGCUUACCACAGAACACCCUGCGAAUCAAUUGCCAAUAACUUUACACCAACUGCAAGUGACCUGAAGAUCAGAAGCCUUGUGAAAGUUAGACCACCAACUAGGCAAAAGUCUCAAGAUGAUUUAUCCAGAAGAAGAACUCCAAGGCACCACCUCAGAAGCAAGUCAGAAGGAUCAGCUAAAGGGUGGCCUGUUAGUCGUCCAUUAACACCUCAGCAACAAAUGGAUGUUAUCAAUCUUCAGACAGUUGAGGAAAACAAUAAUGAGAAUGAGCCAUCAGAAAGAGACCUCCAGAGAUACUGUCAUUACAUACUAAAUGGUAUUCCAACUGAAUCAAUCUUGGAGCAAGAUGAUGAGAUUUUACAGAAAAUUGUAGAUGAUCGUGUUGCUGUGAAUUUUACAGAUGAAUCCUUGGAGCUGAAGUUGAUUCAUCAGUUAAUCAUAGAAGUGAAAAAUGAUUAUGUUUUUAGUCUAAAAAAAGCCAUUGUUGACUACAUUCUGAAAGACCAGAGAGAAAAAGAGAGACUUCAUAUUGCAGCUAUCCCAAAAUCGUUCAGCACAAGAUGCAUUCGAGCUCCCGUUCCUUGGCACAGAACUUACAUGGCAAGCAAAGAUCAGAUUGGGACAUUGCUCUUUACAACGCAUCCUGUUAUGAUUGAACUACAAAAACACUGGCAUCAAAGAUUUUCAAAGAAUCGAUUUGUCGUUAUUGGCGAAAUUUUUGAAUCCGGAACACCUAUGUACUGCCAUGAUUUCGAAGCACUCAUCAAAAAUCAGUGUGCCAAAGCAAGAGAUCACCUCAUAAAAGUGUGGAUUCCAACUUGCGCCGAUGUUUUGAAAUCGCUAAAAGACAGUUGGGUUCACUUAAUCCCAAGGAAAGACACAGAGGCCAGUCAAUUGAUUCAAUCGUUUUUCUCCUGUGUUGCUUCUGUCAUGUCCAUCCAGUUAAGGAGUAUGGUACUUGAUUCAUUGAAAGAUUUCUUGGAUUUUCUCAAACGAUACCAGAAUGGAAACGAUUUUCAAGAACCAUUCAGUGAUCUAAAGUUUGUUCAGCAACAAGUCAUUGCUGUCAAUGUUCUAAUCACGGACAGGCAAAUCACUUUCCAGCCUCAGUUUACUGAUUUGCGUGACGUCAUCAUGCGAUGCUUUACUGAGAUUGUCGCUAAUGCAGAAAGUCUGCCAAGAGUUGAAGGGGAGCUGUUUCCUGACCUGAAAGCGAAGAAACUCUCCCUGCGAUCUGUGAACGUAGAGGAGGCGGUUGUAACAGAUUUUAUUGGGAAAGGAGUCGAGGUUUUUAAGGAAAAUACAACUGGGCCACAAAGAUACCUUGAAUCUUACAGAAAGUAUCAAGAUCUUCUCACAGGCAAAGCUGACACCGAGACUGCCAAUUUUUUGCAGCAGCCACAUGCUCUCUCUUCUUUUUCAAAGAAAAUCAACCUAUUCAAGAGUAUUGCAGAUGAAAUUGCAUCAUUGCAUGCAACGGUCCCACUCAAUCUGCUCUGCCUUAAUUGCGUCCAAGUCAAUGAAGAGCUCGAAAAGAGGGCAAGGAACCUGGAAAACAGGCUCAUUUCAUACAUUGUUGAUUUGAAUCGGGACCAAAAUCGAGGGAUUUGUAAACGUUUUGACGAAAUAUCUGACAGAUGCCAAGAAAUGCCUGACCAGACUUCUGAUUUAGUUAAGCUGGAAGAAUAUGUGAAAAAUGCCAGUGGUGUGACUGUCGUUCAGUUGCAAAAGGAGGUCGAUGAAGCAGCAGAAAGACUCAUCUUCUUGCUUGACUAUGCUACACUGCCAUAUGAAGACAUUAAGUUGAACAGCACUGUGUUUCAUUGGUCCGAUCAUAUUCAAAAGAUUUUUGAACUGAGCCGUAACCGUAUCGAUCACCGCAAGGAUUUGGCAAUGACAGAGCUCAGAAAAAAACUGAAAAAUUUUGAUGAAAAACUCAAUAUUUAUAACAAAGAAGUUGAAACAUUCAGAAAGAAAGAGAUAAUGAACACAGAGGAAAUGCAUAAAAAUGUCGAAAAGCUAGAUGAGCUGGAUACCCUGCUUGUCAUGGCGAGAGAAGAGCUCCAGUCUCUGAAUGAAGAGGAAGAACUGCUGGAGUGGGAACCAUCGCAGUUCCCUAUACUUCAAGGAAUCAUCGCCUAUAAGGAGCCAUUUGACAAGCUAUGGAAAACUGCAGCCAAUUUCUUCACAAAAUAUGAAUUGUGGAUGAAUGGCCCAUUUCGUGACAUGGAUGCGGAGCAACUAGAAGAAGAAGUUAGCUCAAUGUGGCGAACAAUGUUUAAGUUGACCAAGACAUUUGCAGAUGUGCAAGGUCCGAGGCGGGUUGCUGACAGCACAAAAACUAAGAUUGACAAAUUCAAGGUUUACAUGCCGCUCCUUUCCUGCAUAUGCAACCCUGGUCUCAGGGAUCGGCAUUGGGAGCAGAUGAGUGAUGUUGUAGAGUAUGACAUAAAACCAGAAGCAACAACAUCCCUUAGCCAAAUGUUGGAAUUCGGAUUACAGAAACAUCUUGACAAGUUAGAGGAAAUCAGCGGGGCCGCUACAAAGGAGUAUUCCUUAGAAAAAGCAAUGGAAAAAAUGAAGUCAGAAUGGAACGGGAUGCAUUUUGAACUUGUACCAUAUCGUGAUACGGGCGUCAGCAUUCUCUCUGCCAUUGACGAAGUUCAGCUACUACUGGACGACCAUAUUGUCAAGGCACAGACAAUGAGUGGAUCUCCAUUCAUCAAGCCAUUUGAGAAAGAAAUUAAAGAAUGGUGUGAAAGACUUAUUCUUAUUCAGGACAUUUUGGACAAUUGGCUCAAGUGUCAAGCAACUUGGCUGUACCUUGAGCCUAUCUUCAGCUCUGAAGAUAUUAUGGCACAGAUGCCGGAAGAAGGCAGAAAAUUUGGCAUUGUGGACAGUUACUGGCGGGACAUUAUGAAUGAAUCUGUAAAAGAUGACCACGUACUAACGUGUACCAGUCAACCAAACAUGCUCAGUCGCCUUGUCGAGGCCAACCAGCUGCUGGAAGAAAUCCAAAAAGGUCUUAAUGCAUAUUUGGAGAAGAAGCAAUUGUUUUUUCCACGGUUUUUCUUUCUGUCUAAUGAUGAGCUGCUUGAAAUUCUCUCUGAAACCAAAGACCCAAUGCGUGUUCAGCCUCACUUGAAGAAAUGUUUUGAAGGCAUUGCAAAGCUUGAAUUCACAGACCAGCAGGAAAUAGUUGGCAUGAUAAGCAGCGAGAACGAGGCUGUUCCAUUCUCAAACAAAAUUAUUCCCGCCAAAGCAAAGGGAAUGGUAGAGAAAUGGCUGAUCCAGGUUGAAGAAGUCAUGAUAAGAAGUCUAAUGAAGGUGACAGAAGAGGCAAUUCAGUCUUAUACACAGGUGCCUAGAGAGAAAUGGGUGCAGGAGUGGCCCGGACAGAUUGUUAUUGCUGUCAGCAGCAUCUUUUGGACAUCGCAAGUCACCGAAGCGAUCCAGGCUGAAAAUGGAUUGAAGAAAUAUCACCAGCUGUGCAAUUCGCAAAUUGACUCUACGGUGGCAUUGGUACGAGGCAGGCUCGACAAAGGUGUUCGAGUCACACUGGGUGCACUCAUAGUUAUCGACGUUCACGCUCGAGAUGUUGUUGCUAAGAUGGCGUCAGACGAAGUGAGCAGCAUAAACGACUUCCAGUGGAUCGCGCAGCUGCGGUAUUAUUUUGAAGAGAAACGAAUCGUCGUGCGGAUGAUAACAACAAGCAUCGACUAUGGUUACGAGUAUCUUGGCAAUUCUGGCAGACUCGUCAUCACCCCCCUGACUGACAGAUGUUACCGAACAUUGAUGGGUGCUUUGAGAUUAAACCUUGGUGGCGCACCAGAGGGUCCCGCCGGUACAGGCAAGACUGAAACAUCCAAAGAUUUGGCAAAGGCUGUGGCCAAGCAGUGUGUUGUAUUCAACUGCUCUGAUGGUCUUGAUUACAAAGCAAUGGGAAAGUUCUUUAAAGGUUUGGCUCAGGCUGGCUCUUGGGCCUGUUUCGAUGAGUUCAACAGAAUUGAACUUGAGGUGCUGUCUGUCGUUGCACAACAAAUCCAUACGAUCCAGAAAGCUAUUGCCGCAAGACAAAAAAGGUUUAUAUUUGAAGGCACAGAGCUUGUCCUUAACCCGACUUGCACCAUGUUUAUAACAAUGAACCCUGGAUACGCUGGGAGACAAGAAUUACCUGAUAACCUCAAAGUAUUGUUUCGAACAGUGGCAAUGAUGGUACCUGAUUAUGCCCUGAUUGCAGAGAUAUCCUUGUAUUCCAUGGGCUUCGUAGACGCAAGAAGUCUUUCCACAAAGAUUGUUGAGACCUAUCGCCUCUGUUCCGAACAGCUUUCUUCUCAGUCCCAUUAUGAUUACGGAAUGCGAGCUGUCAAAUCAGUGUUGACUGCUGCUGGAAACUUAAAACUACGACUGCCAGACCAAGAUGAGAGCGAGCUUGUACUCCGCGCUAUCUUAGAAGUCAACCUUGCCAAAUUCCUUUCGCAGGAUGUACCACUGUUUGAAGGGAUCAUCUCGGACCUGUUCCCUGGAACAAACUGGCCUAAUCCAGAUUAUGGUGCUCUCAUGGUUGCCUUGAUUGAUAAUUGUAAAAAGAACGGGCUACAAGCAACAGAAUGGUUUUUGAAGAAAAUUAUUCAAGUUUAUGAAAUGAUGCUUGUUCGUCAUGGAUUCAUGAUUGUCGGCGGCCAUCUUGGCGGUAAGACCAUGGCCUACAAGGUUCUUGCUGGGGCUUUAGAAGACCUUGAAGCUGCGGGUGUACCAGACCAGUACAAGGUAAAGUACAAGAUUAUAAAUCCGAAAUCAUGUACAAUGGGUGAGCUGUACGGCUGCUUUGACCCUGUGUCUCAUGAAUGGUCUGAUGGUGUAUUGGCAAACACAUUUCGAGAACAGGCUGUAUCCACAACGGACGAUCGCAAAUGGAUUCUGUUUGACGGCCCAGUCGAUGCGGUCUGGAUUGAGAACAUGAAUACUGUUCUCGAUGAUAACAAAAAGCUCUGCCUGAUGAGCGGUGAGAUUAUUCAAAUGAACAACAAGCAAAGCUUGAUCUUUGAGACUGAUGACCUUGAUCAAGCAUCGCCUGCAACGGUUAGCAGAUGCGGUAUGAUUUAUUUGGAACCACACCAGCUUGGCUGGCAACCAUUAAUGGAGUCCUACAUGGAAACACUACCAGAGACGUUAACAAAAGAACAGCGUGAACUUGUCCGUGAAUUGUUUAAUUGGCUUAUUCAGCCAUGCUUAGACUUUAUACGUCACGAGUGCAAGUUCUUCAUUCAAACAUCGCAAAUGCAUCUAGCAAAGUCAUUCUUGACACUUUACACAUGUUUAUUGGAAGAGAUCAAAGCUCAAGCAACAGCUGAAGGUUCUAGCAGACUCUCUACUGGCCAGGUUACUUCUUGGCUACAAGGCCUAUUUGUGUUUGCGAUUGUUUGGUCCGUUGCCGGUACAUUGGACGGUGAUAGCAGGAGAAAGUUUGACGAGUUCUACCGUCAUUUGCUGUCGGGAUCUGAUAAAGAGCAUCCCAAGCCAAAGAUCAUCAAACUCUCAAAGCAAAACAUCUUCCCAGAAGCUGGCUCUGUUUACGAUUACGUGUUUGUGAAAGCAGCCAAUGGGUCCUGGGCUCGAUGGAUCGAUACCAUUGAUAAAAGUUUGCUGCACAUCGAUAAAAAUGCCAAAGUGAGCGAGCUGAUAAUUCACACAGAUGACACUGCGAGACAGAUUUAUUUCUUAGAGACUUUUGUGUCUCACGAAACCCCUUUGAUGUUUGUUGGCAGUACAGGAACUGGCAAAUCUGCGAUAACCAACAACUAUCUGGUUCGGCUGCCGAGAGAAAAGUACAUUCCAAUUAAUAUAAACUUUUCUGCGAGAACCAGUGCUGGCCAAACCCAGGACAUCAUUAUGUCAAAACUAGACAGGAGAAGAAAGGGAGUUUAUGGUCCCCCUCAUGGGAAGAAGUGCGUUGCAUUUGUCGACGAUCUUAACAUGCCAGCCAAGGAAAAAUAUGGGGCCCAACCACCCAUUGAAUUGUUGCGACAGUGGAUUGAUCACCACCACUGGUACGAUAGAAAGGACACAUCUACCCUCCAGUUACAAGAUGUUCUGCUUGUUACUGCAAUGGGCCCCCCUGGUGGUGGACGAAAUGACAUUACAGCCAGGUUUUCCCGACACAUGAACAUCAUUUCAAUAAACGAAUUUGAUGACAACAACCUGACCAAAAUAUUUGCAUCGAUAACUGACUGGCAUUUCAACAAUGGUUUUGAUUCGUCUUUUUCAAGACUUGGCAAGAUUGUGGUCAUGGCAACAAUGCACAUAUACAAAGAAGCUGUCAAGCACUUUCUCCCAACUCCAUCAAAAUCACAUUAUGUGUUCAACUUGCGUGAUUUCGCUCGUGUGGUUCGUGGCGUAUUGUUAGUGCCGCCUUCGUGCAUGCAAGAUGGAGACAAGUUGAUUCGCCUUUGGAUCCACGAAGUAUAUCGAGUGUUUUAUGAUCGACUGAUUGAUGAUGAGGACAGGAAUUUUUUCUUCGAUGCGGUUAAAGACACAGUGAAAAAGGAUUUUAACAAAGACAUUGGCUCAUUGCUUAAGCAUCUUGUCCCAAGUGGCAAACUGAUUGACGACCAUAUACGAUCGCUCUUCUUUGGUGACUAUAUGUCGGGAGAUUCUGCAGAAAGCGUUUAUGAUGAGAUAACUGAUUUCAAGGCACUGACUGCCCAGAUCGAGUCGUAUUUGGAUGACUACAACCAAAUGUCAAAAGCACCAAUGUCACUUGUCAUGUUCAAGUUUGCUAUCGAGCACGUUUCAAGAGUGAGCAGGGUUCUCAAGCAGGAUAAUGGACACCUGCUUCUUGUUGGAAUUGGAGGAAGUGGAAGGCAAAGUGCCACAAAACUAGCAACAUUCAUGGCCAACUACGAUCUAUUUCAAAUUGAGAUAUCAAAGAAUUACACAAAGAACGAAUGGAGAGACGACCUGAAAAAGGUCCUUAUCAAAUCUGGUGUUGAUGGCAAAAGAACGGUUUUCUUAUUUAGUGAUAAUCAAAUCAAAGAGGAAUCCUUUGUAGAGGAUAUCAACAUGAUUCUGAAUACUGGAGAUGUACCCAACAUAUUUGCUGCUGACGAAAAAGCUGAUGUAAUCGAGAAAAUGCAAGGAGUGGCACGUUUAGAGGGAAAGAAGAUCGACGCUACUCCUUUGGCCAUGUACAAUUAUUUCAUCGAUCGUGUCAAGGCAAAUCUUCACAUUGUUCUUGCCAUGAGUCCUAUUGGAGAUGCAUUCAGAAAUCGUCUUCGUAUGUUUCCUUCUUUAAUCAACUGCUGCACCAUCGAUUGGUUCCAGGCCUGGCCGGAUGAUGCCCUAGAAAUGGUCGCCAAUAAGUUUCUCCAGGAUCUUGAAAUGGAAGAUAGUGUACGAAAGUCAGCUGUGCGCAUGUGCAAAUCGUUUCACGAGACUGUCAGGAAGCAAUCGGAAAGGUAUUUUGAGAUUCUUCGACGUCAUAAUUACGUCACACCAACGUCAUACUUGGAACUCAUUCAGACGUACAAAGUUCUUCUUCGCAAUAAGCAAAGCGAAGUCAUGCUUUUGAAGCGACGUUACGAGACUGGUCUCGAAAAGCUGGAUUUCGCAGCCUCGCAAGUAACUGUAAUGCAACAAGAACUAAGAGAUUUGCAGCCUGAGCUUGUUAAAACAUCUGCAGAAACAGAGAAGCUAUUGGCUAAAAUCGCGCAGGAUACUGUUGAAGUGGAAGCUAAAAAAGAAGUUGUUUCAGCUGACGAAGCGGUUGCGAAUGAAGCUGCAAAUGUUGCCAAGGAGAUCAAAGAUGAAUGUGAAAGCGACCUCGCAGAAGCUUUGCCUGCACUUGAGGCUGCCAUGUCAGCUCUGAAUACAUUGAAACCGAGUGACAUCAGUAUGGUAAAGACAAUGAAGAAUCCACCCGCGGUUGUAAAGCUUGUAAUGGAGGCUGUGUGUAUAAUGAAAAGUGUAAAGCCAGAAAGAAAACCUGACCCUUCAGGAUCUGGCAAAAUGGUCGAAGACUUCUGGGGACCAUCGCAGAAAAUUCUUGGUGAUCUCAAGUUCUUGGAUUCGUUGAAGAGUUAUGACAAGGACAAUAUUCCUGCGAGUGUAAUGAAAACAAUAAGAGCAAAGUACAUGACAAAUAAAGACUUUGUGCCAGAAGUUGUCAGGCAGGCAUCCACAGCUUGUGAAGGUCUUUGCAAAUGGGUUCGUGCCAUGGAGUGUUAUGAAAGAGUUGCUAAGGUUGUGGCGCCCAAAAAAGAAAAACUGGCAGGUGCUGAAGCGGAAUUGAAGCGGCAAAUGGACAAACUGAAUGCGAAAAGAGCUGAACUCAAAGAGGUUACAGAUAAAUUGCAAGCGUUAAACGAUGAACUAGACAAGAUGACGAAAAAGAAAGCCGAAUUAGAAGCAAACAUUGAUUUGUGUUCCAAGAAAUUGGACAGAGCUGAAAAGUUGAUUGGCGGUUUGGGAGGAGAAAAAACACGCUGGACAGAGACUGCCAAGUCACUUGGAGAAAGAUUCAUACAAUUAACUGGAGAUGUUCUUUUGUCCUCUGGUGUUGUUGCUUAUCUCGGUGCAUUUACCGUCGACUUUAGAAAUGAAUGCGUGAAAGAUUGGGUUAUUCUAUGUAAAAAGGAGAAGAUACCUUGCUCUGAGGGAUUUUCAUUGAGUGCAACUCUUGGCGAGCCAGUCAAGAUACGAGAAUGGCAAAUAGCUGGCCUACCGGUGGAUUCCUUCUCUAUUGAUAAUGGAAUUAUUGUUAACAAUACAAGGAGAUGGCCGUUGAUGAUCGAUCCGCAAGGUCAGGCCAAUAAAUGGGUGAAGAAUCUUGAAAAAAAGAAUCGCUUGAAUGUCAUCAAACUUUCGGAUUCAAAUUAUGCAAGGACGCUUGAAAAUGCAAUUCAGUUUGGAACUCCUGUUUUGUUGGAAAACGUUGGAGAAGAGUUGGAUCCGAUGCUUGAGCCAUUGCUGCUGAAGCAGACAUUCAAGCAGGCAGGAGUUGAGUACAUCAAGCUUGGAGAGAAUGUUAUCGAAUAUUCAAAUGAAUUCAGAUUUUACAUCACUACAAGAUUAAGGAACCCACAUUAUCUGCCAGAAGUUUCUGUCAAGGUGACAGUUUUGAAUUUCAUGAUCACACCGCUCGGCCUUGAAGAUCAGCUUCUUGGGAUAGUUGCUGCGAAGGAGAAGCCAGAAUUGGAAGAGAAGAAAAACAAACUUAUUUUGGAAAGUGCCGCAAACAAAAAACAGCUCAAAGAAAUUGAAGACAAAAUCUUGGAAGUACUCUCAACAUCUGAAGGGAAUAUUUUGGAAGAUGAAACAGCCAUAAAAAUUUUAUCGUCUUCAAAAGUGUUAUCUGAGGAAAUCACAGCUAAACAGGAAAUUGCUACUGCAACAGAGAAGGAAAUUGACGAGACAAGAAAUGGCUACCAGCCAGUGGCGAGACAUUCGGCCAUUCUCUUUUUCUGCAUCUCCGAUUUGGCCAAUAUUGAGCCAAUGUACCAGUAUUCCUUAACAUGGUUUAUCAAUCUGUAUUUGCUGUCCAUUGAAAACAGCAAAAAAUCGUCGGACCUUACCACCAGAAUUGAGAACCUUAAUGACCACUUCACUCAGAGCAUUUAUUCUAAUGUCUGCCGCUCCUUGUUUGAGAAAGACAAAUUGCUAUUUUCAUUUUUGCUAACAAUCAACAUCCUAAAAGCAAGGGACGAGGUUGAUGACCAUGUUUGGCGGUUCCUUCUCACCGGUGGCCUGGCACUAGAUAACCCUCAUCCAAACCCUUGCCAUGAAUGGCUGAAUGACAAGUCCUGGUCUGAAAUUGUGCGCGCAUCUGAUUUGCCUAACCUUAAAGGAUUAAUGAAUGAUAUCAGCAAUCCUGGUUGGCGCACUUUUUAUGAUUCUGCGUCUCCUCAUUUUGAAAAGCUACCAGACCCUUGGGAGUUGAAACUGCAGGGUCUUGACAGAAUGGUUGUUCUUCGUUGCUUGCGACCCGACAAAAUUGUCCCAGCAGUUCAGGAGUUCAUCGUUGAUCAUAUGGGUCGUACAUAUAUCGAGCCGCCUACAUUCAACCUGCCGUUGAGUUUUAAUGACGCAAGCUGUACGACUCCGCUGAUUUUCGUGCUAUCACCAGGAGCAGACCCCAUGGCAGCCCUUUUGAAAUUCGCCGAAAGUCGUGGCUUCGGUGGAGACAAGGUUCAAAGUAUUUCUCUUGGCCAAGGACAGGGUCCAAUAGCCGCAAAGAUGAUUGAAAAGGCUUUGGUUGCUGGAACUUGGGUUGUUCUUCAAAAUUGUCAUCUUGCAACGAGUUGGAUGCCGGUUUUAGAGAAAACAUGCGAGGAAGUAAUUGUACCAGAAAACACACAUGAAAACUUCAGGCUAUGGUUGACAAGCUACCCGUCGCCGGACUUUCCAGUCUCGAUUCUCCAAAACGGUGUUAAAAUGACAAAUGAGCCUCCCAAGGGACUUCGUGCCAAUAUCUUGAGAUCUUACCUGAAUGAUCCCAUAUCAGACGCGACUUUUUUCUCUGCUUGUGACAAGCCAAAAGAAUGGGAAAAAAUGUUGUUCGGUUUGUGCUUUUUCCAUGCACUGGUGCAAGAGAGACGAAAGUUUGGUCCACUUGGAUGGAACAUCCCGUACGAGUUCAAUGAAUCAGAUUUAAGAAUAAGCAUGCGACAAUUGCAGAUGUUCUUGAAUGAGUACAAGGAACUGCCGCUUGAAGCCCUCACCUACUUGUUUGGUGAAUGCAACUAUGGGGGACGUGUCACUGAUGACAAGGACAGGCGUCUUCUUCUCUCAAUUUUGUCAAUAUUCGUCUGCGAUGACAUUGUCAAUAAUGACGAUUACAGAUUCUCCCCGAGUGGCACAUAUCACGCCCCUGCCAAAGGUGCAUAUGACAGCUACCUGGAAUACAUUAGAAAUCUGCCUUUGAAUCCGCAUCCAGAGGUUUUUGGGCUCCAUGAAAAUGCUGAUAUCACAAAGGACCAGAAGGAAACGCAAGAACUCUUUGAUUGUAUUUUGCUAACUCUGCCACGCCAAAGUGACGGUGGCGGCAAAUCGUCCGCCGAAACGGUCGCUGACCUGGCAGCUGACAUCCUAGCGAAAUUCCCGCCACCUUAUGACUUGGAGAUGGUUAUUGAAAAAUACCCAGUUCAGUACACCGAGUCGAUGAAUACAGUGCUUCGCCAGGAGCUCAUUCGAUUCAAUAGGCUGACGGAGGUCGUUGUCUCGACUUUGAAGAAUAUACAAAAAGCUAUCAAGGGUCUUGUGGUGAUGUCAUCAGAACUAGAAGAUGUCUUCAACAACAUGUUGAUUGGCAAAGUUCCCGCGGUUUGGGCCUCGAAAUCAUACCCUUCACUCAAACCGCUUGGCAGCUACAUUACUGAUCUUCUUGAAAGACUGAAAUUUUUCCAAGACUGGAUCGAAAAUGGAACCCCGAAUGUAUUUUGGAUAUCAGGGUUUUACUUUACGCAGUCAUUUCUUACAGGUGCAGCCCAAAACUUUGCACGGAAAUUCAAGAUUCCCAUCGACCAUAUUGGAUUUGAGUUUAAUAUAAUGGACUGCCAUGGAGCUAUGGACCGUAAACCUGAGAACGGUGCCUUCGUAAGAGGCCUGUUCAUCGAAGGAGCCAAGUGGGAUAUGGAAGCAAAAGUAAUCGGCGAAUCUAAUCCUAAAAUUCUUUACGAUGAAAUGCCUAACAUCUGGAUAAUUCCAGGUGAAAAGAAAAAAUUCAAGCCAAAGCCAUGUUACACGUGCCCAGUCUACAAAACUACAGCGCGUCGAGGUACUCUCUCCACUACAGGCCAUUCUACAAAUUUCGUCAUGUACAUGGCAUUGCCUAGCGACAAAGACGAGCGGCACUGGGUAAAUCGGGGUGUAGCCAUGCUAUGCCAGUUGGAUAAUUAGAAAUAGAAUGUUUUUAGAUGUUUAACACUUCAGCAACUGGUGGAAAAUAUUUAAAGACGCUUAUAAAUUGUUCCAUUAUGUAAUUUGGGUUUAUUGAAGACAUAGGUUAUUUAAUUAGGGAAAUUUUCUCAAUAAAGUUAGACCAACUUUAAAGGGCGUUUAACAAGGGAAAUUUAACAUGUUUCAUAGCGAUAGAUGUUUGACUAACUUCUGGAAAGUGUAUUUUUUAUUUGUAAAUAUUGCGUGAAAACUAACAGUUGGUAAUUAUUUUCCUUUCGUAAAUAGUGUACAUAAAUCUAGCGGGUGAA